UAAUUUAAAGGGUUUUAUUUUUAUAAAAAGGGGUAAGAUUUUGGACAAAGAAAAUAUUUUUUUUUUCUUCCACCCCCACACGGAGGUGAUUUUUUUUUUUUUAAAUAAGAUUUUUGCGUUACCGAUAUAAUUUUUUUUUCUAAGAAUAGCGUCGGAUGAAGUGGUUUUUGGGGAGAUUCGCGUGUUUUUCGUGGAUUUUUCUGUGAGGAAAGUUUUGUCCUCAGCCGCGGCGGCUGUCGCCGGGGAAGGGAAAGAGACAAGCGGGGGGGAACACGGUAAGACGGCCGAUGUCCUCCCCGCUAAGGGACGAAGAAGAAGAAGACGAGGAGGAAGAAGAAGAGAUGGCAGUGUCCGAAGAAGGGGACGGCGAAAAGGAGGAGGAAGACGAUGAAGAAGAAGAGGAGGAGGAAGAAGACGAGCCGCAGGCGACACAGAGCCGCCAUAGCCCCAGCCUCUUUUUCCCGCCAACGGCCUCCAGGGAGUCGGGGGGUGUUGAAACCGACGAGACACCAGCGGUCGCCGCAGAACCAGAUGAUGAAGACGUUUCUCCGGCUCCUUCUCCCUGUGAAAUCGUCCCGAAGAAAAAGAGAGGACCCAAAAAGAAAGAUAAGGACAAGCAGAGGGUGCCGAAAACCGUAAGGCCACGCAAGCGCAAGAAGCCCGACAGCGAUGAAGAGCUCCGCUGGGACGAAGGCCUCGGGGACCAGGGUUCCCAUGAUAGUGACCUCGAGAUUGGAGGGAAGAAGAAAAGGAAGAAACACAAAGAAAAGAGAGAGAAAAAAACCAAGAAGAGGAAAAAGGACGAAGAGACGGUAGUGGAGCGCAAGGUGGAACAGAAGUCCUCGGCAGUGCUGCUCGCCAGCUGGGGUUUAGAAGAUGUGGAUCACGUCUUCACGGAUGAAGAUUACCACACGCUAACCAACUACAAGGCCUUCAGCCAGUUCAUGAGGCCUCUCAUUGCCAAGAAGAACCCCAAGAUCCCGAUGUCCAAGAUGAUGACCAUUCUAGGUGCCAAGUGGAGGGAAUUCAGUGCCAACAACCCUUUCAAGUCAUCGCCUGCGGCCGUCGCGGCGGUGGCCGCAGCGGCUGCUGCAGCGGUGGCAGAGCAAGCCGCCGUCCCCGCCACCCCCGCCGCUCCCCAGGCCGCGCCGGUACGCCGAGCGAAAACCAAGGAGGGCAAAGGCCCCGGCCAUAAGAAGCAGGGUAAAGGCUCACGAGCCAACGACACAAAGAAGUCUGGGAAAAAGAUGGCGCCGCUAAAGAUCCGCCUGGGAGGCGUCAAGCGCAAAGCCGCCAGCUCGAGCGAGGAUAUGGAGCUCGGCGAGGCGUCCGACAUGGAGAACUCCAGCGUGCACAGCUCGUCCGCUCCGUCCGACAGCUCUGGGAGGGUAAAGAGGAAGAGGGGGAGACCGGCAGGAAAAAAGAAAAAACCUGCCCCGGAGGAGGGCGUAUCUGCUGGCGAGGGCUACGAGACAGACCACCAGGACUACUGUGAGGUCUGCCAGCAGGGCGGCGAGAUUAUCCUGUGCGACACCUGCCCUCGGGCCUAUCACCUAGUGUGCCUGGAGCCAGAACUGGAACGUGCCCCCCAGGGCAAGUGGAGCUGCCCUCACUGCGAGAAGGAGGGAGUGCAAUGGGAGGCAAAGGAGAUCGAGGAGGAGGAGAUGGAGGAGCGGAGGAGAGAGAGACGAGAAGAGGAAGAUGAUCACAUGGAAUUCUGCCGCGUCUGUAAGGACGGAGGGGAACUUUUGUGCUGCGAUGCUUGCGUGUCCUCCUACCACAUCCACUGCCUGAACCCCCCGCUGCCGGACAUACCGCACGGCGAGUGGCUCUGCCCACGGUGUACGUGUCCACGGCUAAAGGGACGGGUCCAGAAGAUCCUACACUGGCGCUGGGGGGUGCCUCCAGAAGGAGUAGUCCUUCCUCGACCUCCUGACGCCGACCCUGACGAGGAGCCGCCCCAGGCCUUGCAGGGGAGGUCGGAGCGCGAGUUCUUUGUGAAGUGGGCAGGGAUGUCGUACUGGCAUUGCAGCUGGAUCACCGAGCUACAGCUGGAGAUCUUCCACACCGUCAUGUACCGCAAUUUCCAGCGCAAGAACGACAUGGAUGAUCCUCCACCGUUUGAUUACGGUUCAGGGGAGGACGAGGGGAAAAGCGAGAAGAACAAGGACCCCGAAUACUCCGACAUGGAGGAAAGAUUCUACCGAUACGGAAUCAAGGCUGAGUGGAUGUCCAUCCAGAGGAUCAUCAAUCACAGCAUGGAUAGGAAGGGAGUGUACCAUUACCUGAUAAAGUGGAGAGACCUGUCCUACGAUCAGUCCACGUGGGAGGACGAUGCCAUGAAGCUGCCGGAUUAUGAAUACCAUAAACAGAUGUACUGGAAACACAGGGAGCUGAUCAUGGGGGACAGUUCUCAAUGUCCUGUGAAAUACAAGAGGCAUCACAAAGGAUCAUAUAUGAAUGAAGUACCCCGCUCCCCCACCAAUGAUCCUACAGUAAAGUAUGAAGCGCAGCCCCAGUUUGUGUCCGCUACGGGGGGCACUCUGCACAUGUACCAGCUGGAGGGACUGAACUGGCUGAGAUUCUCGUGGGCUCAGGGCACGGACACCAUCCUGGCCGACGAAAUGGGACUGGGGAAAACUAUUCAGACCAUAGUAUUCCUUUACUGUCUAUAUAAAGAGGGUCACACGCGAGGCCCCUUCCUGGUCAGUGCCCCUCUCUCCACCAUCAUUAACUGGGAGCGGGAGUUCCAGAUGUGGGCCCCUGACUUCUACGUGGUGACGUACACCGGAGACAAGGACAGCAGAGCCGUCAUCCGAGAGAACGAGUUCUCCUACCAGGAUAACGUCAUGAAGGGCGGGAAGAAGGCCUUCAAGAUGAAGGCUCAGGCGCAGGUGAAGUUCCACGUGCUCCUCACGUCUUAUGAGUUGAUAACGAUCGAUCAAGCGGCUCUGGGGUCCAUCCGUUGGGCCUGCCUCGUUGUAGAUGAGGCACAUCGGCUGAAGAACAACCAGUCAAAGUUUUUCCGGGUGCUGAACGGAUAUCAGAUCGAUUACAAGCUACUCCUCACGGGAACUCCUCUGCAGAACAACCUAGAGGAACUUUUCCAUCUGCUCAACUUUCUAACCCCAGAACGGUUCAAUAAUCUAGAAGGGUUCCUGGAAGAAUUUGCAGACAUUUCCAAAGAGGAUCAGAUCAAGAAGUUGCACGACCUCCUGGGUCCUCACCUGCUGCGGAGACUCAAGGCCGACGUGUUCAAGAACAUGCCGGCCAAGACCGAGCUUAUCGUCCGUGUGGAGCUCAGCCCCAUGCAGAAGAAAUAUUACAAGUUCAUCCUGACGCGUAACUUCGAGGCGCUGAACUCCCGGGGUGGAGGGAACCAGGUCUCUCUGCUCAACAUCAUGAUGGAUCUGAAGAAGUGCUGCAACCACCCUUACCUCUUCCCCGUGGCGGCUCUGGAGGGCCCCAAGCUGCCCAGCGGCGCUUACGAAGGAGGAUCUCUCAUCAAGGCCUCGGGGAAACUGCUUCUCCUGCAGAAGAUGCUUCGAAAGCUGAAUGAGCAGGGCCAUAGGGUGCUCAUCUUCUCACAGAUGACUAAGAUGCUGGAUCUUCUGGAAGACUUCCUGGAUUUCGAGGGGUAUAAAUAUGAGCGGAUCGAUGGGGGGAUAACUGGGAGCCUGAGGCAAGAAGCCAUCGACCGAUUUAACUCACCGGGCGCCCAGCAGUUUUGUUUCCUGCUCUCCACCCGCGCCGGCGGCUUGGGGAUUAACCUCGCUACGGCCGACACCGUCAUUAUUUAUGACUCCGACUGGAACCCACACAAUGACAUCCAGGCUUUCAGCCGCGCUCACAGAAUCGGCCAGGCCAACAAGGUGAUGAUUUACCGCUUUGUGACGAGGGCGUCCGUGGAGGAGAGGAUCACUCAGGUGGCCAAGAGGAAGAUGAUGCUGACCCACCUCGUGGUACGGCCAGGCCUGGGUUCCAAAGCCGGCUCCAUGUCCAAACAAGAGCUCGAUGACAUCCUGAAGUUUGGAACCGAGGAGCUCUUCAAGGACGAGAUUGAAUCCGGUGAUAACAGGGAAGAUGACAGCAGCGUGAUCCAUUAUGACAACAGGGCCAUUGCCCGCCUUCUGGACCGUAAUCAGGACGAAACGGAGGACACAGAGGUCCAGAACAUGAACGAGUACCUCAGCUCCUUCAAGGUGGCUCAGUACGUGGUCCGGGAGGAAGAGAAGCUGGAAGAGUUGGAGCGGGAGGUCAUCAAGCAGGAGGAGAACGUGGAUCCGGAUUAUUGGGAGAAGCUGCUCAGACAUCACUAUGAACAGCAGCAAGAAGACCUGGCACGGAACCUGGGUAAAGGGAAGAGAGUCCGGAAACAAGUUAAUUACAACGAUGCCGCGCAGGAGGACCAAGACAACCAGUCCGAAUACUCUGUCGGCUCAGAAGAAGAAGACGAAGAUUUUGACGAGAGGGCAGAAGGCCGUAGGCAGUCUCGCCGUCAGCUGCGUAACGAGAAGGACAAACCGCUGCCUCCGCUGCUGGCUCGGGUCGGAGGAAACAUAGAGGUCCUUGGGUUCAAUACAAGGCAGCGCAAGGCUUUCCUGAACGCAGUGAUGCGAUGGGGGAUGCCUCCGCAGGACGCCUUCACCACUCACUGGCUGGUGAGAGACCUGAGGGGCAAGAUGGAGAAGGAGUUCAAAGCGUACGUGUCUCUAUUCAUGAGACAUCUGUGUGAGCCGGGUGCCGACGGCUCGGAGACGUUUGCCGAUGGCGUCCCCCGUGAGGGACUUUCCCGCCAGCAGGUUCUGACCCGUAUCGGAGUAAUGUCUUUGGUCAAGAAAAAGAUACAGGAGUUCGAACACAUCAAUGGCCGCUGGAGCAUGCCUGAGGUGAUGCCUGACCCAAGCCUCGACUCCAAGCUGUCGUCCCGAGCGUCCUCCCCGACUGUGAAGACCUCCACUACAACGCCGGAACCCAGCCUCACCAACACCCCCUGCACGUCAAAACCAGCCACGCCGGCUCCCAGCGAGAGGGGUGAGAAUGGGGGGACCCCGGGCGAUAAAGAAGAGGCAGCUGAAAGCAAAGAGGGGAAAGAAAGUAAAGAAGCCGAGGUCGACCAAACCGGCGCUGCGAGGACCCCGAGUCCUCCCGAUACUGUGAAGCCGCCACCAAACGCUGGGCCUGAGAUGAGCGACGAGAAACAGAGCGUAGAACCCCCGGACCUGGCUGCGGGGAAGCCCGAGCCGGAUACCCCCGGCACAGAGGAGAAGCCCGUUGCUGAACUUGAGAAACCACUGGAUGGCGCCGCUGAGCAAGACCGAGCCGCCGACCGGCAGGAGGGAGACGCGCAGCGGGCGACAGAAGAAGGAAAGUCUGAGAAAGAAGCGGUUAAAGACGUGAAGACCGUGAACCCCCAGAAAGAGGACGCAAAGAACAGUAACGGCAGAAAAGAGGAGAGUAAACCAGAGAGGCCUCGUUUCAUGUUCAACAUUGCGGACGGCGGCUUCACGGAACUUCACACUUUGUGGCAGAAUGAAGAACGAGCCGCCAUCUGCUCCGGCAGGAUGAACGAGAUCUGGCACCGGCGGCACGACUACUGGUUACUGGCCGGGGUCGUGGUACACGGGUAUGCUCGGUGGCAGGACAUUCAGAACGACGCCCCGUUUUCUAUCAUUAACGAGCCUUUCAAAUCGGAGACCAAUAAGGGCAACUUCCUGGAGAUGAAGAAUAAGUUCCUUGCACGGCGGUUCAAGCUCCUUGAACAGGCCUUGGUGAUAGAGGAGCAGCUCCGACGAGCCGCCUACCUGAACAUGACCCAGGACCCUUCUCACCCGGCGAUGGCCCUCAACGCCCGCUUCUCCGAGGUGGAGUGCCUGGCCGAGAGCCACCAGCACCUCUCCAAGGAGUCCUUGGCUGGAAACAAGCCGGCCAAUGCCGUGCUGCACAAAGUGCUGAACCAGCUGGAGGAGCUGCUGAGCGAUAUGAAGGCGGAUGUGACGCGCCUGCCCGCCUCCCUCGCGCGCAUCCCGCCCAUCGCGGCCCGACUGCAGAUGUCCGAGCGCAGUAUCCUGAGCCGGCUUGCAAGCAAGGGGAGCGAGAGCACAGCUCCUCCGGUGUUCCCUCCAGGCCCGUACACCACUCCUCCUCUAUUCGGAGGACCCUUCGCAGGCACCCCAACCACAGCCCCACUCUCUGGGGCAAACUAUAACCAGAUGCCCCCGGGGUCUUUUCUUUCAGUUUCUAACGGUCCUCCGGUUCUUGUGAAAAAAGAACGAGAGAUGGAGUUACUGGAGAGAAAGGAAGGGAGAGGUGGGGAAGUGAUCUGCAUCGACGACUGAUCCUGCAACCACGCAAAAAACAUACGUGGAACUGAAUGAAAGCGGUGACCCGCCAGGGGGCCACAGAUAUCAUUGGACUCGCAGGAGCUUUUGCCUGUACUGCAAUUUUACGCAAUCUUCUCGUUCGUGGUGACCAAGCCCAGAGGAAGCUACCAGUAUAUCCUAACCUCUUAAGGGUGACCACGCUAGGCGUCUACUACACCACCGGCAUCGUGAUCCAGAAGGAGCCGCGAGUCUACCCUGACCCCCCCCCCUUGCAGGGCCACAGAAGGGCCUAUGGCUCUUGU